AUGGAGGCGGGACUGACUCCGCCCAUGCUCCGAAAGAAAUCCAAUCUGGAGUGGACAGAUGAGCUAGAAGAAGUUGGUGAAGAAACUGAGGCAGAAGAUGACAUCAUCUAUGUGGAGCUGGAGCGCAACUCCGUCGGCUCACUGGGUGUCCAAAUCGCGUCCGUAAGUGGGCGUGUCUGCAUCAAGCAGUUGACAGCUGAACCAGCCGCAAGCCACCCAGACAUUCAUGUCGGUGACGCCCUUAUCUAUGUGAAUGGCGAGCCAGUGUCCAAUAAAACGCACCAAGAAGUGGUGUCAAUGCUGCGCAGUGGUGGCAACGUUGUGACAUUGGGAUUACGACGGGAAACGCAGAAAAACGGCAACAUCAUUACCGCUGUGCUCGAGAAAAAGCCCGAAGGUUCAUUGGGACUGUCGCUAGCGAAAAGAACCGGCUCUGAUGGGAUUUUCAUCAGAAUGAUCGCUGUGAACUCAGCUGCUGCUAUGGAAGGCAGUCUACGUGUGGGUGACCGUCUGUUGUCGUUGGACGGUGAGAGUGUCACCGAUUUGACACCAACAGCGAUUCUGGAACGAUUACGUUCCAUACAAGGUGCCGUACAUAUCACCGUGUCACGAGAUUCACAAUAA